GAACUCCUUAACGCCGCCUUCAUUUGAAGCUUCUCCCCAAGAUACGAUCCGAGAGAGAGAUAACACACGGCACGGGGGCUAGAAGAACGAACCGAACCCAAACACCUCCCACUCCUCCUCCACGACGACCCCUUAACCCCAUCCUCCCGCGCCCGAGCCCGCGAGGAGACAAGCCAAAGCCAUGGGCGACACCACCGCGCCCUCGCCGCCGAGGAGGUUCGGCAGGAUCUGCGUCUUCUGCGGCAGCAACUCCGGCAACCGCGCCGUGUUCGGCGACGCCGCGCUCGAGCUCGGCCAGGGCCUGGUGACGAGGGGGGUCGAUCUGGUCUACGGCGGCGGCAGCAUCGGGCUGAUGGGCCUGAUCGCGCAGACGGUUCUCGACGGCGGCUGCCGCGUCCUCGGGGUGAUUCCAAGAGCACUCAUGCCCCUCGAGAUAUCCGGUGCAAGUGUUGGAGAAGUAAAGAUUGUCUCCGACAUGCAUGAGAGGAAAGCUGAGAUGGCGCGACAAGCCGAUGCAUUCAUUGCUCUUCCGGGUGGGUAUGGAACAAUGGAAGAGCUGUUAGAGAUGAUCACUUGGUCGCAGCUUGGAAUCCAUGACAAACCGGUCGGGUUGCUAAACGUCGAUGGGUACUAUGAUCCGUUACUCGCGCUGUUCGACAAGGGCGCGGCGGAAGGGUUUAUUAAGGCCGAUUGCAGGCAGAUAAUCGUGUCGGCACCAACUGCCCACGAACUGCUGACAAAAAUGGAGCAAUACACCCGUUCACACCGGGAGGUGGCCUCGCGGACGAGCUGGGAGAUGACCGAGAUGGGCUACGGGAAAGCACCGGAGCCGGAGGAGGAGGCGGCGGCAUCGUAGCAAUGCCUCGCCGAUGCGUGUCGUUGUCAUCGUCAUCGAUAUCCCUUGGUGCUCAACUGGCCGCUGGGAUUGCAAUUGCAAUAAUCUUACGUAGUGCUCUCUUGUGAUUUCUUCGUUGUUGGUUGCCUUUCAUGUAACCCCGUAGUACGUUGGAUUGUGACUUUGAUCUGGCGAAGAAGCCUAAGGUAUUGUGUGCCUAGUUAUUAUCUA